AUGGCGAUGCCUGCAGAAUCUGACAUUACCGGUGCGCAGAGCAGCCCUCGUGAAAAAAGCCUCAGCGCACCGGAUCGCAAUGGUUAUGUGAAAACAUGUGUCAUCCCACUGUGCCGUGACCGAGACUACGAGUCGUGGGUGAGGCUAAUGUUCACAAAAAUAUGGAGUUCCCAGAGACUCCGGAGUGCGGUGUGUGUGGGGUCGCUUUCGGUUUUUCUCGCUCUGCUGGUCAAAUGUGCAGACUGGAAAGCUGAAGCCAGCAGCAGCAGCAGCAGCAGCGCUGACAACAGACUCUCGCAUUCAUCGCCUCCCCUUCAAUUCGUUACAGGCUGCGCGGCGGAGCUGCUGCAAACUUGCUGGAAUGUGGUUUCGCCAUUGUUCACCCUCGUAUGUGCCUUCUUCUGGGUCGGCGCGUACUUAAUCCGCUGUGGGGUUCUAAUCCAGACCGCCCUGUCCCUCCUCACCGUGUGCCACCUGGGCGAAGCAGCGGCGUGGUCGCUCCUGGACGGGACGGAUGAGCGGCUGUUUUCAUUCACGACAGCGGCCGUGGUCGUGCUCGUCUGCGUGGCCACCGGCGCACUCAUGGUAGCACGUCUGAAUCAGGGCAUAUCUCUGAUCGUUUUCAUCAGCAUUAUCAGGACUGUUUCACUCUUCUCGCUGCACAAAGUAAGGGCCACUUGGAGACCGUACGUAGCGUACCUGGUUGGAGUGCUGGGCAUCCUGCUGGCGAGGUAUGCUGACAAGCUCCUUCCCAACCAAGGGAGACACAAGGAGGGCUGCACCCCCGUGACUGGAGCCAGGGAAGAGAUCCCUGUAUUUAAAAGGCGCAGGAGGUCCAGUUCUGUGAUAGCGUCAGACAUGGCACACAGUCAGUCCAACAGUAAGUCACAUCGCCGGACCUCUCUGCCAUGCAUCCAGAGGGACCAGAUGCUCCCCCGCUCAGACUGGGACCACAAGAGAGGCUCCCGAGGAUCACAGUCAUCAGGCACCACUGUCAUGGUGGACAUAGCAGUGAUGGGAGAAGCUCAUGGACUAAUCACAGACCUGCUGGCUGACCCCUCUCUGCCCCCCAACACCUGCACCUCACUGCGGGCCGUCAGCAACCUGCUAACCACCCAGCUCACCUUCCAGCCCCUGCACCGGCCACGCCCUGCUCCCCUGCUUAACCCCAGCGAUGCCUACACCUGCUCCGACUCAGAGGAGGGACCUGAGAAAGGAGAGAAGACCUCCAUCCACAAGCGUCUGAGGCGGAGUCUCCACCCUGGCCUUCUGAGAAGAAUCUCUUCCACGUGGACCACCACCACCUCCGCCACAGGCCUGCCCACCAUCGAGCCGGGGCCUGUCCGAAGGGACCGCAGCGCCAGCAUCAAACCCUACCAUGAAACACUCACCUGCAGCUGUGGGAGACCAUACAUCAGACUGAGCCACGGGGAGGGCUCUAUAGACAAGGGAGACAGGAUACCACGGUCAGCAGAGGACCAAGUGGUUGUGUCAUCAGACUAUGACAGCACCCACGAAGCCAACCACAGCGACAGCAGUGAUGUAGCACAUACAGAGGAGGACACGGAGGAAGGGAAAAACCCCACCCAGAAUGUCAUCCUCCACCCACUAAUACCUCCUGAGGACAACCCGAUUCUGGCUCCAGAGCCGUUGGUAAUGGAGGACUUGGAGCCUCUAAUGAGUCAGCUAAACAAUUGGAACUUCCCCAUCUUCAGCUUAAUGGAGAAGACCAAUGGGAAAUGUGGACGGAUCCUCAGUCAGGUCUCCUACAGGCUCUUUGAAGACACUGGCCUGUUUGAGACCUUUAAGAUCCCUGUAAAAGAAUUCAUGAACUACUUCCAUGCCCUUGAGAAUGGUUACAGAGACAUACCAUAUCACAACAGGGUCCACGCCACAGAUGUACUUCAUGCAGUCUGGUACCUCACCACGCAGGCCGUGCCAGGUCUGCCGAGCCUCAUUACUGACCACGGUUCUGCCAGUGACUCAGACUCCGACAGUGGAAUAACACACAGUCAUAUGGGCUUCCUGGUUUCAAAGACCUACACUGUGUCAGAAGAUGUUUAUGGCUGCCUGUCGGGCCUCAUACCUGCUCUGGAGCUCAUGGCCCUCUAUGUGGCUGCCGCAAUGCACGAUUACGACCAUCCCGGGCGGACCAACGCUUUCCUUGUGGCUACCAGCGCCCCGCAGGCAGUGCUCUACAAUGAUCGAUCCGUUCUGGAAAACCACCAUGCUGCCUCAGCCUGGAACCUCUUCAUGUCGCGGCCAGAGUACAACUUCCUCGUCAACUUGGACCACGUGGAGUUCAAGCGUUUUCGUUUCCUGGUCAUUGAGGCCAUACUGGCCACCGAUUUGAAGAAGCACUUUGACUUCCUUGCUGAGUUCAAUGCAAAGGUGGGUGACGAUCCGUCUACAGGCAUCGAUUGGUCCAACGAGAAUGACAGGUUGCUGGUCUGCCAGAUGUGCAUUAAACUGGCUGAUAUCAAUGGGCCUCUGAAGUGCAAGGACCUGCAUCUGCAGUGGACAGAGGGCAUAGUCAACGAGUUCUAUGAACAGGGGGAUGAGGAGUCCAGCCUGGGCCUUCCUAUCAGUCCCUUCAUGGACCGAGCAGCACCACAGUUGGCAAAACUCCAGGAAUCGUUCAUCACACACAUCGUGGGACCGCUGUGCAACUCCUACGACUCAGCCAGCCUCAUGCCUGGACGAUGGGUGGAACCCAACCUGGAGGCAGAGGAGCCAGAGAUCAUGGAGAAUGAGGAGGAGGAUGAGGAGGAGGAUGAGGAGGAGGAUACCGCAGAAGAGGACACGUCCACCAGCUCAGAAGCAUCACAGAAAGCAGCUCCCAAGAAGAGGAGGAAAGUCUUCUGUCAGAUCACCCAGCACCUGCUGGAGAACCACGAGAUGUGGAAGAAGGUGAUCGCAGAGGAGGCCCAGAAACAGGGCCAAGGAGCAGAGUCUGUCCAUUUAAACAAUGUAGCUGAGCCUAUUCUGGCUAUUCAUGAGGAAGAAGAGGAGCCAGGCAGCAGAGAGGAGCUGGUAGAAGGAGAGGAUCCAGAGGAGGGAGUGGAGGAACCAGACUGGCCUGUGUCUCCGCAGGAAGACUCUAAACCUCCAGAGGAACUAGAGGAGGGGGACGCACAGUGAAACAGCCCAUGGGAAAUAUGGCGUCAGUCAGGGCAAGGACGUGGAAAAGUAUUUCAUUGUUUCUUAUCCUAUUAACUGACUCCUAUUUUUGCCAGCACGUCACUUAGACACAACACUGUAGAUGUUUGGGAAAUGUGUGCCUAUACAGAAAAAAACAGGGUGGGAAAAUUUGUGCUUUACACAUUUUAUCUGAAUAUCGGGUUUCACCAAACAUUUAAAGGAGCUUUCCAUAUUGCAAUACGGGAUUAUUCGUGAACUUUGGGAUACAGACUCUUUCGCUACUGUCAAGAGAAGAGGAAGACUGGUUGCACAGACCUCAACCCAUUGUGGUAACACAGGACUGCAGAAAUUUGCUGCCAAUUUAUACAUAAUUAUUUUCAGAAUGCAAUUAUAUAGACAUCACAGUUACUUGUACUUGUGUUUCAAUUUUAGCAAGAGUUUUUAAGGUCUCACAUGGGCCAUAAUAUGUUUUUUUUUUUCUAUAGAUAUGGAUUAUAAAGGGAGUUAAUCAAAUGAGGAACAUUGGUGUAUCUUUCUUCCUUUCAACUUCUGCCAAAAUGAAUCACUCACCCAUGGGCUUUAUCAUAAAAACUCAAAAAUUCAUACAUCUUAUGUUUCACAUUUGUUGCCAAAUUAAGUACUUUAUACCAUUCGGUGUAGCCAUAUUAGUUUAAGGAGGGAGACUUGAGGCUCCUCAGAGUCUGUAUGUGUGUGCGUGGGUGUUUUGGUCUGUGUUUAAACUAAUGCGCUCAUAUGCACAAUUCUUCUGCAGACGACAUAGAUAGAGUCAGCAGAUUAACUGACAUUUGUGCCAUUUCUGGUCUCCAGUCCCAAGGUAUAUAUGGUGGUCACUGAAGGUUUCACUGUCCAAAAUGUUGUAGUCCAGAGGCCUGCACUGACAAAGCAACGGUCGGUUGUUGGAAAUGAAUCUGUGCUGGAAAAGAAGAAAAAAAGGGAGUAAACGGGACAUACAUUAGCAAUACCAAAGUGUUAGGAACAUAAAAAGGAAAAAAAACAAAAAAAACAGGUAAGCAUGCAUUCAUAAGAUAUACAGAACCAGAAAGUUGAAUCUACUAAACAAUAUCCCCUAAAUAGAUGAAAUGUAUAAUCUUACGAAGUUCUUUUAAAAUGGCCAUAGGUAGACUAACCAAUACAAUGUCUUUUUGUUUUUGCUAUCAGCUUUUGACUCUCCGACAAUGUAUUUGGGUUCAUUGUGCUGUAUUAUACUCUAUACUUACUGGUCCUCAUUAUGUAAAUGCCCGCAAAUGAUGCUGACCUUUAACCCUCAGGUAACCCUCAACUGUUGAAAUUCAAAGUAAACAUCUGUAUCACCUGUGAGGACAGUAAGUUAAAAACACGCAGGGAUAGUAUGUUACCUUGGAAUAUGUUCAUAAAAGGCUUAGAACGACGCUAAAGCUUAGUCAAGGUUCAUAAAAGCGCAAGCUAUGUUUAAGUUAAGUUAAUUUAAGUUUAAGUUAUAAGUUUUCAUCAUCAGCCAGUCAAAUUUCAAGUGACCCAUCCUCAGCUCAAAAUAUUGUCACAGCAGUGGUGGUGCAAGGUGAUGGGAGCUAAAACAAGUCUCUGAAGCUAACUACUAUAGCUGUUUGAUGGUGGCAGAAAAGUUAUUAAGUAUAGGCCAAUGUAGCAGUGACGGCUGGUGUUCCCAGCUCAAUUUUUUGCUGCUCAUUUUCAGUCCAUGAGAAUUCUGCCCCCCCCCCUUUUAUGGGGGAAAAUAACUGUGUUAGCAGCACAAUAUGAUUUUAUUCAGACAUUGUCACAUUGUUUAUCUAUAAUGUGCAUAUUUCGGUCAUUGUUUUCUUAUUGUUUCAUAAUCACUAAGAAAUAUUUUUUUUGAAAAGGGUAGUGAGACUGUUUUAGUCACACCAGGCAUUUAACUGUUGAAAUCAAUUAUCCUAAAUAGCAAUGGGAAAUUGCAUCGUUAGAAUUCCCGAUUGACAUAAAAAUACUUUCUAAAAUGUGACUUGUUCAUGUGACGAGAGUAAAUGUGACGUGACAUAAUAACAUUGAUCUACAUAACAUGAUAAGAGUGUUAAGGUCAGGACCUAAUGCAUGACGAACCGUAAUAUGUUCCAGUGCACUGUAAAACUCAAAGUCACAUGAUAGCCUCUACUUUCAACUGAGACAAGGCCAUGGGGUAAACCAGUUACAUAUCCAACUGCACAGUGGCCCAAGUAGGAUGCAAAAUAUCCCAGAUGAAUAUCUCGCCAUCCUUUAAUAAUUCACAUUUACAUAGAAAAAGUGUAUGAGAGAGCACAAGUAGAUCUUGAGUUUAAUUAGUGAAGUGCUCUGCUAGUCAACUUACUGUCACAUACAAGAGGUAAUAUGUAAUGAAUUAUCCACUGCUAGUCUUGUCGAGUUCUCAUGACCUACACGCACAUCUGAAUCUCUUAUGGGUUGGUAUCUCAUACUGUACCACUGCUUUCAUCCAUAAUUUUAUUUCUUUAAACUGAUCUUACAAAAGCAGAACAGCACAGGACAACCCACAGACAGGAUAUGGUGGAGCUUCUGAAAUAAAAUUUUAAGACACAGGUGUAGAACAUCAUGUUCUUGUAUCUUUGCAGAUCCGGCAUUAGCAUACUCUAUUACCACACAAUGUUCCUGUCUGUGUUGAACAGCACACUAGAUUCAUAAUGGCCUGUUUACUGCUGCCCAGUCUCUGCUACAGUGUGUUUUGGUGGGGGGUGAGGGGCUCAGCCUACUGCAUCCAAACGAGUCGAAGGUAAUUGGUUAACCCACUGAUUAGAAAGGCAUUACACAGAGAAUCAUUUACUCCAAACCCUUUAUCUGACCAGAACUGCCGGAAGCCACUGAAUCAGAACAACCUUAAUUUUUUUUUGGCCUCUACUGAUCAUGUAUUGCCUCACCCACUCUAGCUUGUAUACAACAUGCCUGCUGUUUUCUGUACGUCCCCUGCACUUCAUCCCUAAUGGGCUAUAAUCAUCAUUAUGGACACAAUGGAUACAUUUUCUUCAGCUUUUGAAAAACCUGAUAAGAUAUCAACAAUGUUUUAUAGGAAAACUACUGGAUUUAACACAGACAUCUCUAAUGAAGUGGCCCAGAAUUAGAAAAAAAACCACUUUCAAUCAUUCAGAUGAGAUUGUGUAACUUCCGUUUAGAGUUUCCAUUUAAGCUCUCGCUUUGUGAAUCUAUAUACACAGUGUGUGUGAGAGAGUAAGAGAGUGUGUGUUUGUGUCUAUUUGAACUCUUCCACUGGCCUCUCUAAUGUGACUCUGUCCUUACUGGGAGGAAGGGGAUGCUGCUUCUGCUCACCAGUAGAGAUAGUGAUGCAGUUAGCAGGUCUUCGAAUUCUUCUCAGAUACUCAGAUGAAAUUGUUAUUCACAGAAGGCCCUAUAGCACAUUUCUCCUUGCGCUUCCUCUUUGAUCUACGUACUGCUUAGUCUACAGAUCUGAGAUCAUCACUGGCAACAGUAGUAGAGCAUUCAUCACAAAAUGUCGCUCAUCUUUAAAGGCGAUGGGAUUCUGUCCACUGUGUUAAU